GCUGCAGCCGCCGCCGCCGCCGAGCCGGGGUGUGGCGCCAUCCCAGCCGCAACAGAUGCUGAAUCUGCGGGCGACGGGCCAAGCAUCGCUCCUCAGUGCCAACCCCAUGCUUCAGCGGGCCUUCCUCAUGCAGCAGAUGCAAGGCAGCUUGAGAGGCUUUAACAUGGCAGCCGCCCCGCUUCUGCAGCAGUUCUUCCCACAGGCUACGAGGCAUUCCCUCUUGGGUCCCCCUCCCGUUGGGGUCUCCUUAAAGCCUGCCCGCUUGGCUUUCCCGGCUCUCCCAUUUCAGCGGCAGAACCGGACCUUUCGCAAGGACUUCCUGAGGGCGCCUGAGAGGAAGCGAGAGGCGGAUUCUGCAUCAUCGUCCUCUCAGGUCCACGGAGCGGAUGAGAGCAGGCCUGGGCUGGAGGGGUUUGCCACUCAAGCAGAGACCACACAGCCUGGUUCUUCUCCAUCAGAGAGACCGGGAGAAUCCUCUCCAGAGGCCCAACCUCUCGCCAAGCGGCUAAGAAGCAAUGUUGAAGAGCCAGUCCCUGAGGAAAUGGCAUGUCUCCUACGAGCCGAGGAGUCAGACACCAGAUCCCACCUGGAAGAGGCCGACAGUGAGAAGGAGAACUUGGCCGCAGAGGUUUGCAAGGAGAAGGGCUUCGCCGAGGACCUGAACACAUCAGAGGUGGUCAGCACUGCCGGGUCCUUGAAGGUUACGAUUCAGCAGAGCAGCGAGAGCCGCGCGAUUAGCACCACGGCCCUGAAGCCGGCCCACUGGGCCUCUGAGGUGGGCGCCCCCGAACCCAGCCCCGAGUCCGCCCUGAAGUUCUACUGCUACAUCUGCAAGACCGACUGCUGCAACCAGCAGAAUUUCCAGGCCCACAUGACAGGUGUUCAGCACCAGCAGCGGCUCCAGGAGAUCCAACACAUGAGUAACAUCUGCUUAGUCUCUUUGCUGCCCGUGGUGAAGGAGAAGCAGCCCCUGGCAGAGGUAGAUGGAGAGAGCCAGCCGCGGUGGUGCAACACCUGCCAGACCAAUUUUACAGGUGAUGUGAUCAAACACCGCCGGACGCAAGAACAUAAGCUCGCCAAGCGCUCUCUCCGUCCCUUUUGCACAGUAUGCAGCCGUCACUUCAAGAGCCCACGCAAAUUUGUGGAGCACAUGAAGUCCCUGGAGCACAAGCAGAAAGCCAGAGAGGUGCGGUUAGGUGAGAAGGAGCGGGGCCGGCCAGAGGACUCCGAGGAGCUUAUAACGGUCGAUGCUGUUGGCUGUUUUGAAGAGGAGGAGGAGGAGGAAGAGGAGGAGGAAGAGGAGGAGGAGGAAGCUGGAGAUGAGGAUGCUGACCCCACGGGAGAGCAACUGUGUAUGGAAGAGCCUUUGCCGAAACAGGUUGGACAGAAGGAAGCCUCAUCGGACGAUGCAGAGGGGAAUGAGGAAUACUGUCCAGACACCGUUUACGGCCCGGAUUUUCUGGUCCCCGUGGCUGGGUUCCUGUGCAGGUUGUGUCACAAAUUCUACCAUAGCGACUCUGCUGGCCGUCUCGCCCACUGCAAGUCCUUGCUGCAUUUUGAAAACGUCCAGAGGUACAAAGCCACGAGGAUGCAGGCCGCAGCCACACUCGCAGAGCCCUCCCUGAGGACGCAGGGAGGACCAGACGCCCAGCGAACUCCCGUUGCUGCUAAGAUGGAGGAUCAGACGGAGCUGGCGAACGCCGAACAGGCCGUCCUGGCAUUCAUGGAAGCUGAGCCAGCAGCUGCCCCUGCAGUGAGGAGAAGCAGCUCGGCUGCGAGUUCACAGGGGGGCAUGCAAAGAACCCUGGCCGGGGGAGGCGAGGGGAGCCACCUCUCGAUGAUUAGCGACGGCUUCUCGGGGCAAGGCCACGGUGCCCCUCCGACGGAGGAAGUGCUGGGACUUGGUGCAGGAAAACAAGAGCGCUGCGAGGAAACUAAGCACGAGGCCGUUACAAGGAGAAUCUUGGCAGAUGAAGCCGAAUUAGGAGCAAAGGAAGCUCCAGGCACCCAAGACCAGGAGAAGGAAGCUGAGCCCCUCGCCCCAGCCAGAGGGGAAUCCUCAUCCGGCCGCAGGCGUUCGGCGAGGCGACGGGCCCGAUAAGGGGCUUCGGCAGGAGAGUGGUCUCUUCACAUAGAUUUCUCUGGAAAGGUUUUAUCCUACCCAAACCCCUUCACCCACCCCCUUCGUCUUCUAGGCAAAAAGAAUGCUAUAGUUUUACUGGAGUUUUUGUUAAAUUAAAAGAAAAAAAGCAA